UCUGGAUCUGUAUUGAAUCAUCCUGAUCCUGAUAUAGUAUCAUUUUUAUAAAUUACUUGAGACAAGAUAAUAAAGGCAGAGAGGAAGAAUACGAUUGAUUCAGAUUCUGACAGUCUGCGAACUCCGAGAGAUGGUUAAUCUUAAUAAAUAAAUGUUUGACCAGUGCUAUUGACCUUUUACGGUGCCAACUUUAGUUGUAUAAUGCUGUAAUACCAAAUCUCCCGGAAGGCUGGUCAGAGAGAGUUACGCUUUGUUGAAUGAAGUUGAUCAGAAAAGUUUACCAAUAAGCGCUGAACUACAGAGUGUAUGUAAAUCCAAAGGUUUUAAGGUCAUUCAAGAUUGGAUAUGAUGUUGUAGUGGAACGACGGCGGGGAGCGCAAAACUGCCGCGUCGCAACAGCGUCAGUCGUAGGUAAUGGCGAACCGCCCAAACAAGCCUCGCGCCACAGCCGCCGAUACCGGCCGAGUUGCUUGAUCAACUAUCAAGUCCGCCUCGCCGCGUCCAGCCGCGCGGUCGUGUCGAGUUUUCGCGCCAAAAUGGUCGCUCCGCUCCGAUUUCACGUUCCGAACGUUUAAAACUAACAUUUUUGAUCGCUAUAUAACUGUUAUUUUUUAGUUUAUUCAAAAUCAACAGCUUUUUUAGUGAUGUGAGUGAUAACCAGUGUGUGGUGACUGGUGAUUGUAUUCGUUGCUAAUAAUUUCCUUUCAAAUGCACAAUGCAAACGGUUCUGUUUUUUGAGUAUUUGUCAAGUGUGAACGAAAUUACACAGUUGGGAAAAUGUUGACAGGAUUCCUAGUGUUUUGCGUUCUCGUGUCAGUGAUAUUCCCGUCUGGGUUGUGUUCUAGUCUACUAUGCGGUCGCACGGAGAAACUAGAGUUGGGCAGCAACAGCGGCGCGGGGGCUGCGCUGGCGCUGGCGCUGGUGCGGCCCCCGUCAGCGCCGCGCGCGCCGUGCCAGCUCAGCCUGACCGCGCCCGAGGCUGCCGCCUUCGCUGUCAGGCUUAUCGAUGUUAAGGUACAAGAACAGGAGUCAUUAGCAGAAUGGGAGAGAGGUAUAACGGACCUCCAGGCACCUCCGGCGGCAGGUGCGCUAGGCCGCAAGUGGAGCGCGCGGACCGCUGCGCACGCGCAAGACACCGCUACCGACCAAUCGGCGCCCGUCAACAACAGCACUGACUCCUGCAAGCUGCUUAUUUACAUUGGUGACGCAAAAAGUCCGAUGUGGCGCCUUAACCUCUGCGGCGGAAACGCGGCAGCAGUGGCAGCUAGAGCCGGCACCAAGCUCCUGCCUUCCAAAUUGAAAAUCGUGUGGAACCCCCCCACCUCCCCCUACCAGCACACCGAAAAACUGAGGCUUGUGGUUACCGCCGUCAACAGUGGAGCAAUCUGCAACAACGACUCUCAGUUCGUGUGCGGUGUGACAAGCCUAUGCAUCGCCUCGUACCUGGUCUGUGACGGGGUGCGGCACUGCCCGGGUGGUGAGGACGAGGACCCGAGCGCCUGCUCCCACAGGCACGACCCCCCACUGCUGGAGCUAUUGAGGAGGUUCGCUGCCAGGAACCAGGAGUUGCUAGGUCUCGACCAACCUGAUGGAAUGACGAAGCCUUCAGUUAUUAGUGAUUUGACGGUUACAGUGAAGAUCAGCGAAGGUGAGAAGACAUCUAAUGCGUUUAUGGAGUUCGCGGCGGCGCUGAAACCUUACGGGCCCUGGAGCUAUCUGGUCGUAGGCAUGCUGGUCUGCGCUACUAUACUCAUGUUCUGUCUGGCUUGGGAAUGCUGCUGCAAACGCUCGAAGCCAUCAGACACGCCGAUCAACAUCCCGCCCUCAUGCAUCGACCUGUCCCCAACAGUGACGGUGACGGCGGCGUCGCAGCAGCUGUUCACGCAGCCGCUCCCCCCCUCCCCGCCGGAGUACGAGCCGCCCCCCUCCUACUCGUCCCUGUUCCCGCGCGCCUUCAAGUCGUCCCCCACGCCUGUCCCACACUGCUCGCACCAGGAGCCCCCGGAUUGAACACAACCCCCGCUCUAGCUAGUACGUAGGUAGACUAUUAAAAUUAUAGGUUAAUGUAGCGGUGAUGUCACUCAAGACAAACGUAGUUUGACUAUCGUAAGACAAAAAAGACAAAUGUAGGCAAAUGAGACACGCGAUUGAUCGGUCGCCAGUGUGUUAGUUGCCUUAUUGUGACAUAUUACGUAAUUUGUAUUAAAAGGUCUUGACAAAGAUGAACUGUUAAAUGAGUAAUAAAUAUCCUGUUUCCAUAAUUUAACACUACUAGACGACCAAUGAAUCAUUGCAUUUGGAAUUCUGCUUGUAAUUGACGCAUCCUGCUUCUAACAACAGGACAGCUGUUUUGACACGAUAAUUCCAAAUGUAAAUAGCUUUUCGCAUUCCAAUAAAGACAUUAUACUGAGAACUCAUAAUGUGUAACAUAAACUACAACCUUAAUAAUUGUUAACAAUACCUUUUAUACCUACCAUAAAUAGUAGUAAGUAAAGAUGCUUUACUCAGGCCAGACUUCACGCGAACAAUGUUGUUCCUUUAUUUGUUGAAGGGAGUUUGUGAUGUGGGGAAGUUAAAAUACAAUAAUCCUGAAUAUACGCAGCUGAGCCAAACGCAUUCUGAACAUAUGAAAUUGUGUUAUCGUUCAACACAACAGCAAUUAGGGAUUUCUAAACAGACUAGAAGAUGCACCAAUAAUAGACCAAUGACACACUAUAGAAUAAGAAUAAUAAUUAUUAUAUUUCAAUAUUGUUAUAAGUACAGACAGUUGCUAAAACAAAAAGCCAUGUAGUGACAAGUACAAUAGGUUAUUUUUAAGCUAGGAUUGCCUUCACUUCGUUAUAAAACACUAAAAAUUAAGCCACGCCAUGACUACAAAAAGUUCAUGAAAGUCGUUGUGGGACCAAUAAAUAACCUAUUUUGAGAUUUAUAAAACGACAAGUCUUCUGUGUGAUUGUAAAAAUAUAACAUAAUCAGUGCCUUACCUACUCAUAUGAGAUGUAGUUCAUUAUAAAGCGAAAGAUAAAAGUUUAAAAUGUUUCAUGUAUUUUGGCGGGAAUUACUCGAACCAUAAAUGACAGCGCCAUAGACAUUUGUUUUUAAACAAUGAUAAUGAUUGUGAUAAUCUGUAAUUAUUAUUUACCAGACUAUGUGAUGUUUCAUUAAAUAAAAAAAACGAUGUAACUUCGUAUUCAUCUUUUUUAAUUCACUAAUGCAGCAACGUCAUCAAAGUAUUUUACAAGUCUCAACAUAUUUUAAAUGUUAUAAAUAUUAGAAAAGAAAUCAACUGUUUUUUUAUUUAGCUAUUUUUUUUUAUAAGCCUUCAGCUAUUGUUUUUUAUAAGCCUUUUUAUACUCUCAAUGAAAAUUAAGUACCUAGACACUACCUAACUUGACGUAAGGAUAAAAGUGUGAAGAAAAAGUACCAUAAUUUCAAUUAAUUAAAAAGUAACUUGUACUCUUAUGUUCUGUUAUCUUUUAGUUUGAUUCGGCUGCUACGAUGUUCCCAUUUGAUGUAAAAAUGUGUGUCUGUGCCCAAUAAAGUUUACUAGUCUUCUUAGAUUCUUUUAUCUGUCAAUUUUAUUAGAAUUUAAUUGUAAGUUGCGUUAAAAGUUAGUUUUUAAAACUGAAUUCCAUAUGAUAUCUGAUUAAGUAAGAAUAAAGUGAUGAUAAUAAUAUAUGUAUUGUAGAAAUUAUAAAAAUGAGAGAUAUAAACUAAUAUUUAUUUUGAAA